AUGAAGGGAUCAUCAAGCAUUUUCGUGCAUAUGGCAUCAUUACUAGUUUUAUUACACAUAGUCCAAGCUGAUGAUGCUAUCAGUGCUCAUCCUGAUUUUCAUGUUAUUCUCCAACCGCCUUACUUCCGCAAUCAUACAAUUCCUAUUCUGAUGACAAACCGUAUGUCUGACAAGGUAGAAGUGCAAAUAAUUGAUAAGCUUAUUAAUAAAGCCGUUUUUGACGUUGAACCCCAUUAUCGAAUGCUUGAUCCUUACGGAUCUGAAUACUUCUAUCUUCGAAUUUAUGAUGACAGAGACUUCCGUCCACGCAGAUUCAUUGUUCAAUGGAAAUCUAUUCACUCAAACAUUAGCCGUCGCAAAAUAUUCCGUUUCAAAUAUCCAGGAAAUGUUCCAAGAAAAUUUCAGAUGAUUCCUCAUCACGGCUAA